AGAUUGCAAAGGGUUCGUCAACGCCAAGAAUACAGAAAUUCGGGAGAUGCACCACAUCCUCAGGAUGCUGACUCUAGUAGAGUUGCUUUGUUUAACGAUUAUGCAGUAGUGGACAGACGAAACAAAACAUAUGUGAUCGGUAGCCUUGUCCGUCUUGUUCGUGUUGGAGACCAUGGCCGUCAAGAGUAUAAAAGACCUGUGGCAUACAAUGACCCGAAGAAAGAAAGUAUUAAGUGUUUCUUCCAAGCUUACAAUAAGAUUGGACAGAAUUCUUUCGAGGUUUCUACGGCCAAGGUUGUUGAAUUCCCAUUCACCGAUAUCCUGACGCAUGUUAACCUGGCGGUCUCCGAUGCAGGCAAUACCCUCGUUAUCCCUGAGGAGGAGCACAGGGAAGUCCAGCAAAGCGUGGAGAAAGUGUUUGAG